AUGCCCCUCUCCCGCCACACCGGCCAAAUCCCAGAGUCCAACUGGACCUUGGGCUUCAGGGAGAUGACGGAGCCCUGGAAAGGCGCCGUCGGCUGCCUCGGCGUGGCCGUCUUCUUCGCCAUGACCAUCGGCAUCAUCUCCUGGCAGGCCCUGGAGCAGUCCCCGGAGGAGUGGGUGCUGCGCGGCCGGGCCGGCGGGAUGCUGUGGGAGCGCCGGCGCGGGGCCCUGGUGCUGCGGGCGCUGCCGGCGGGGCGGGCGGUGGCGGCGAUCGCGGUGGGCGGCGUGCCGGCCGCCGAGCCCCCGCCGCCGCGGGACCACUGCUGGCACGACGGCGGCCAGUUCUGCUACUCCUGGGAGGAGGACGCCGAGCUCCGGCUCUCCCUGGAGCCCCCGGCGGGCCCCGGCACCGAGUGCUACGGCGUCCGCUGGACCCCCCUGCGCCCCGACGUGACGCUGAAGGAUUGCUUUUCCAUGGCCAAUGUCUCCUGGUACGGCGGGCCAAGCAUCCGUGCCCAGCGCUGGCCCCUCAACGGCGCCGAGAGCCCCGUGCAGCCCUUCGUCAGCGGAGACCUUGGCACCAACCCCGACGGCUUCGGGCCUGUCCUGGACAGGUACUUCUUGGGCUCGACAGGAGUGACGGUGACGGUGGCGCCCGACGUGCCCCUGCUCCUGUCGCUGGAGAGCCACCGGCACUUCUGCCUGGAGACGCCGGCGGGCCGGGCGGAGCCCCUGCGGUACCUGCUCUGCAUCGGCACCGACGUGGCGGCCGCGCACCGGCACAGGGGCAACCCCCCGGCGGGGCCGGCACGGGCACGGCCGGACACGGCGCUCCUGGGGUCUCCGAUGUGGCGGUACCACGGCCCGGAGGGCUCCGCCGCCAAAAUCAAGCGAGGUUUGAGGUCGCUGGUGAGGAGGUUGAAGCGGCACGGCCUUCAGGAGGGGGUCGUGGCCCUGGGGGAGCGCGGCACCGCCAUCCUGGCCGCAGCGGAGCACGUGCCCUCGGAGCGCUGGAAGAGGCAGGACCCGGCCCUGGUGGAGCCUCUGCAGCUCUCCAUCACUCUGUCCCCCUACGCCAGCAUCACCUCCCCGCUCUUCCUGCAAUCCCUGCACCGCGGCGAGGCCGCGGGAUACUGGCUGAGCCGCCAGCCCCGACCUGGGGGCAGCACGAUCCCGCUGCUGACCACCUGGAAGGGGCAGCUCUGUGCCCGCCUGAACGUCACCAGCGAGGCGGCGCUGGCCUGGUACCUGGCACGUGCCCGGCGCCUGCGGCAGGUGCUGGGGGCCACACACGUGGCCUUUGAGGGAGUCGAGGGUAAUUCCUUCCUGGAGCAGGAUGUCCCACCUCCCGCCGAGCUGGCAGGUGAUGGAUACACCAGGGUGUUGGCGGCAGCACUGGCGACACUGGGCAAUGGCACCGUCGUCAGCGCCGGGGCCGGCUCCAGUCACCUCCCUCUGUUCGUCCAGAUGAGCCCCCUGCGCUCCGACUGGAGCCACGCGGGGCUGAAGGGGCUGAUCCCCUCCGUGCUGCACUACAGCCUCUUGGGCUACAACUUCUUCAUCCCUGACACUGUAGGAGGGAGCCUGGCCGGUGACUCCGCGGGGGACCCGGAGCUGUUUGUGCGGUGGCUGCAGGUCGUGACCUUCCUGCCCGUGAUGGCCUUCGGGUCCCCACCCUGGCUCUGCUGUGACUCCUGGGUCCUGAACCUGACCCGCCAAUGCAUCCAGAGGCACCGGGACUUUGUGCUGCCGCUCCUCCUAAAAUACAGCGAGGAGUGGCAGAGUUUGGGACACCCCAUCUUCCGUCCAGCCUGGUGGCUCAGCCCCACGGAUCCGACCGCCUUCACCAUAGAGGAUGAAUUUCUCAUUGGAGAUGAGGUCCUGGUUGCUCCGAUAACAGAAAAAGGACAAACAUGGAGGGAUGUCUUCCUGCCUGGAGAAGGGCACCUCUGGCUGGACACCAACUCUGCCCGUGUGUUUGAUGGAGGCACCAUCCUCAGGAAUUACUCUGCCAGCCUGGCCGAGGUGCCCGUGUUCGUAAAGACCUCCUGAAUCCAGCCUGGGCAGCUCCUGGACGGUGACCUCAGAGAGCAGCACUGGCCACAGGCUCUUCCCUGACACUUCCAGACUGUUUGCACUUUUCCA